CAGAAACGCUUAGAUAUGUAAAAUAGCGGUACAUCAAAAAUUUCCUAAUUUGGUGACCUCGGUCCGGAAUAGUGCAAAUCAAGGUGGCAAGCGCCCAAAUUUUUAGUGCAAAUCAAGGCGCCGGGACGGACUGACCUUUGGUGUAGUAGCCGGGGGCCUCACCCUAUCCAUUCCCAUCCAUGCAGUUCCACCUCACAAGCCUCGUCUUUGUCGCACUUGCUUCGAUUGGUCUGGUCGCUGCAGCACCGACUGCUGCCGAGGCUCGAAUCGUUGACCCCUGCCCGCCUCACCUCAUCUGUGUUAACCCGAGUUGAGCGGCACCAGAAGACCAGAAGUUGAGGGAGUCGCGAGUUGCCACGAGUCGAGUGUGAACAGUGGACCAGGCAGUCGGAAUGUGGUCAGGGACUUGGGGCAGAAAUGGCAGCGGAGUAUCAGAGAAGUUGCAUGCAUUGUAUCAAUCGAAUGCUUCCAAAGAGCUAUGUGGCCCUGUUCAGAUCGCUUGGAAUGGUGCUAGUUGCUGGAGCCUUGCGCACCCUGUGGACAACGUCACGAAAUAAUGCUGGCGUCCACACCAAAGAAUGCGCUCGAAAGCGCCAUGAUCUGCGCCACGAUGACUCUGAUAUGACCUGAUGAGACAUUUUGGGUCCAAUUACCGGACUUGCGGUGCCCUGGUGCGAUUCUCGGGCUGAGAGUAAGCGGAAGACCCCUGACAUCUCCCACGAAUACAUCUAGUCUUUCAGGCCCGCGGACACUCCGUAUUAGGUCGGUCCGGAAUAGAGUAAAAGUUGGCCGAAAAUUUUUGGAUUUCCGGUCCGAAAAUAGAGUAAAAUCGAGCUCCAGAGCGCGGAAGCGGUCCGGCAUAGAGUAAAAGUCGGGCGAAGUCCGACCGAUUU